AUGACACAGAUCGUUUCAUCAAAACCCUAUUGUCUUGAAAAUUCCACAAGAUUAACUCGACCUGCUUCGGAAACAUUUUAUCGUAUUGCUGGUCAUAAUGUACCAACAGUUAUUGAUAAAAAUCAAGCGAAACGUCUGUAUCGUCUCCAACAAGCACCUAACUUAGACACUACUGUUCAAUUGGAUACUUCUGAUAAUGAUUAUGAGAGACAAGGAUAUUUUGAAAGUACUGUACGUAGACAUGUUGAAGAAAGUUCUGCACAACCAGUCAAACAAAUAUUUCAUCGACCAACAGACAUGUCCAAUGCAUCAUUAGCACGAUUUUCAUUAGGUAAAGCUCGUCUUGAUCCUCAUCAAAUAAUACCAAGUGAAGUAACAACAAUACGCAAUCAUCCAACUGCUAUUACAAUGCUUCGACAUGAUCAAGGUCCUAAUGGAGAAGUUGUACCACGUUUUACCGAACGUUUAGUUACAGAUCGAGCACUUCGUGGUCGAUUAGGUCCAGGAGGCAUAUUAAAUCCUGAAGAAGAUUGCAGAGAAGCUGAAAAUUAUCUUCGAAAUAUAGGACGUUUAUCAGCACCUGCAAGUUUAUCUCAUUCAAGAAAACACGAAUCUGGUAGUCAUUUAUCAAGACGUGAUGAACUCGCCCGUCGUUUUAUGUAUACAUCAACUCAACAAGCAGCUAUUGAUGAAGUUCCAUGGGAUUCGAAAGUACCACCAAAAUUAUCUAUGCCAUCAUCAACAUACGAAGUACAUGGAAGUGAUCCUGUUUUACAAUCUAAACGUUUAAUAUCACUUCAAGAUGCUCGUACACGUCAAAUUCUUGAAUGGGAUCGUGUACAAUUACGAAAUCUUAAUUUCUAUCGAAAACCACUUGAAAAUGUUGCACCAUUACCACGUGCAAAUCAUAUAUCUGGUUAUUCCGGUUCAAUUGGUGGUGAUAAUAUACAAGAUAUUGAUAAUCCAACAGUUGAUUUUCAACCAUAUACAUUAGUACGUAGUGAGCAACCGAAAUUUGGUAUUAACCCAUUCAAAACAAAUAUUCCAUUCUAUACUGGUAAAUCACAUUGGACUAAAACUGAUCCUGUAUCACAUUAUGAUUCUCAAGGCCAAGCUUAUACAACUUCAGCAGACUAUCAUAAACCAUUUACAGUUGAUAAUACAUCUUAUCGUCAUACUGAUUUAAAUGGACAAUUAUCACGAUCAGUAACAACUGUUCUACCACAAAAUCCAUUUAAUUAUAUGAAUGUUAUAUCUACAACAACGAAUGGAUCAUUAGAUACGCGUUCGCCUGUUUUAAUUAGAAGUUUACCUCGAAGCACAGUAUCACCAUCCAAAACUCAAAAAACGAAUGAUAAUAAAGAAGAAAAACCUGCUAAUAUUCAAAAUAAAGAAUAA